UCUUUCGCUCCUCAUCUUUUCACCUAUGUCGCAUUUUCCAUAGACCCAGUCGCUACUGUUGCUUCCCUGGAGGAUCCAGAUGCCACUGAGGCGGCGCGCCUCCUUCCGACUCGGAAGUAUGUGGGCCUUGUGGAGACCAUCCACGACCUUCGCCACCCCUCUCGCCCUUACCAUCGCUGUGACAUUGCCUUACUCAGUCAAGGGCUCCCGAACGAUGUAGAAGAGUACGGCAUCGAAUCCUUCAUGUGUGUGCCGGUCGCACCUACCGAGGAUCAUCCUCUACUUCGAGCGCCUCUCCGUCCCACUAAACCGCUGCCAUGGGAUGACGUGUAUCAUCACUCGCACAUGAAGUUUUCUGGUCGCGUCCGUACGGCACCUGCGGACCAUACGAACGCCACCAUGAUCACUGGUGACGAUGCCUGCCGGUUCCAGGAGAUACUGAGCGAGGAUACAGCGAGGCGACAUGAGCUCGAGAUGGAUUCAGAAGACGUUUCGGUC